CUGGGCAGCCUGUGCCGCUCGCCAGCCCUGAAUGCUGUUCCCCGGCUCUGCAGUCCCAGCCACAGUCAGCAUGCAGCAGCCACCGUCGCCAGGAUCCUUGGCUCCUUCGGCAGAGUCCACCAAGCCCCCUUACAGCUACAUAGCCCUGAUUGCCAUGGCUAUCCAGAGUUCGCCGGGGCAGCGGGCCACCCUCAGUGGCAUCUACGGCUACAUCAUGGGCCGCUUCGCUUUUUACCGGCACAAUCGGCCGGGCUGGCAGAACAGCAUCCGCCAUAACCUGUCUCUCAAUGAGUGCUUCGUCAAGGUGCCCCGCGACGACCGCAAGCCCGGCAAGGGCAGCUACUGGACCCUGGAUCCCGACUGCCACGACAUGUUCCAGCAUGGCAGCUUCCUCCGCCGUCGCAGACGCUUCACCAAGCGCACAGGUGCCCAGGGCACCAAGGGCCCUGUCAAGGCAGACCACAGACCCCUCAGAGCUGCCAGCCCAGACCCAGGAGCCCCCAACACCACUCCUGGCAGGCUGUGCCCAUUCCCACCAGAGGUGCCAAACCUCAAGGGCCUAAACUUUGGGGGUCUGAUGGGAUCGUUGCCAGCCAGUGUAUGCCCAGCAACCAGUGACGCCAGGCCCCAGCUGCCCACUGGACCCAAAGAGAUGUGCUCGCCCAAGUCUGCAGGCCCAAGGGAGCUCCCAGAAGCCACCUCGCCCUCCCGGUGCCCUGCAUCCGGCUUUUCGGCCGCCUUCUCUGAAGCUGAGAGUCUCAGCAAGGCCCCCACACCUGGUGUGGCCCCUGAGGGCAUCGGGAGCAGCUACCAGUGCCGGAUGCAGGCGCUGAAUUUCUGUAUGGGGACUGACCCGGGCCUUGAACACCUCCUGGCCUCUGCAGUCCCCACCCCUGCUCCUUCGACUCCUUCAGCUUCUCACCGGGCCCCACCGCCCCUGCCAGCUGACUCCAAGGAACCCUGGGUGACUGGGAACUUCCCUGUCCAGGGAGGUUCCGGGUACCCCCUGGGGUUACCCCCUUCCCUUUACCGGACCCCGGGGAUGUUCUUCUUCGAGUGACUGACCGCAGCAGUCCCUCCGCAGGGUCUCUGUCAACUCUUCUCUGCUGACUCCGUCUGGCUGUGGGACCUAGACCCCUCUACAAGGACCCAGCCCUGGGAGGCCAAGGACUGUGAGGAUCAGAAGGCAGAAGUGAGCAGUCAGCCAGGUCCCUGGGGCCUCCAGACGAACCUGGGAUGAGGGCAAGUGGGACCCUCGGGAAUUUCUCUGUGGUUCUCAGGGCUAAUAAAGCCAGUGCCAUGGUGA